AUGCCUCCAGCCAAAUACUAUGUUCGUUCUUUCUUCAAACAAGGAAAGAUAAAAAUAUUUAUUGUAACUCUUCUAAUGCUAUGCGCUGGAUUAACUCUAAUUUUUUCGAAAUUUGUUGCUCCAAAUAUCCAAUCUUUAUCAUCGCGUUCAAAUCCUAUUAGAGAUAUAACAGUGAUAGCUAAUUCUAAUCAAAUUAAAUCAACAACGCAAUCACUUCUCAAAUCUAAUUUUCGAAAUAUUGAUUUAAUCUCAAUGGAUAGAAUUGAUGAAUCAAAUCAAUUUUAUUCAUCAGUUAGGAUAUCAUCUGGUGGUAUUGAAACACUUAUUGAUCUCAUUAAUACAACAUAUGUUCUUUUCGGACAUAAUACUUCAUUUUUCAUUCCAUCUAGCUUUCCCAAACUUCCUAAUAAGCCUCAAGUAAUCGGUUACAUGUUUGAAACAUGCAAUAGAGGAAAGUAUACUCUUAAUCUUCCGAAUUCUCUUGGUGCAAACGUUCUUACAAAAGAUGCGUUUAAGAGGUUCAUUCAAUUUUAUACCGAAACUCUUCAUAGCGAUUAUGAUGAUAAUGAAGCUUUUCAGAUUUUUGCAGAUCUUCAUACUUUAAGGCUUCUUAAGCUUCCAUGCGGAAAAUUACCACCUCUUCCUAAAUGGGAGGAUAUAGAGCCUGUUGACGAGCCGAGAAAUCCUGUAAAACCAUGGGGAGAUAUGGAAUUAAUUCCUGAAGUCUGGCUAAUCAAAGAUUUAAUCUGA